AUGGCUCCCCGCUGGCCCUCCCUGCUGCUCGUUGCCUGCGCCCUGGCGCUGCUGGCAGGCCAUGUGUCCACCGGCCCUGCACAGCCCACCUACCCUGGGGACGACGCACCCGUUGAGGACCUCGUCCGCUUUUACAACGAUCUCCAGCAGUACCUGAACGUGGUCACACGGCACCGGUACGGCAAGCGGUCAGGUGGACGGGCGCUGUGUGAGGAGCCCUUCGGCACUGCGGGUUGCUGA